GGGUGGUUUUGAACCUGAAACCGCCAAGGGCGGUCGGUGUCCCUGGCUCUGAGCAGGUCAGGGGAGGGGGCUGUGGUUGCCCGCAGAGGGGAGGGGGCGUUUCCUGUCCCCCCCACUGGCCAGUCCUGCUGCAGCCGCCGCUGCGUUGUGGUCUGAUGCUGCCCGGGUAACGCCGGAGGAGGAUGGGCGAGGCGGCGGCAUGGACCUAGCGCAGCUCCUCGCCGACGCCCAGAAACAUUAUGAAGAGAUUAUACAAAGGAGCCGGCUGGUGAUGGAUGUCUACUGCACCCAGGUUCCGGACGGCGGAGCGGCCGAGCUGACCGACGGAGACUGCCUGCAGGCCGCCAGGGCCGAGCUGAAGGAUGCCCGGCGCCAGUGGCAGAGCCUUCAGCUGGAGAUGGAGUCGCUGCAGGCGUGGCAGAAGGGUUUGGAGCAUUCGCUGCAUGCGACAGAACAGAGACACGAGCAGCAGCUGAGGAGACUGGCGAGUGUAAUUGGAGAGUUGGAGGAUGAGUUAAAGGAAGUCAGGAGAGACAUUGAACACCAGGUUUGCGAACACGAGUUGUUGCUCAACACCAAAGUGAGACUGGAGGGAGAGAUAGCAAGGUACCGCAGUCUUCUGGACAGAGAGGAGGGAAGAUUGACCAGGGCAGCCACCGUUGGCUCUCAAUCAUCGCACAGCUGUUUCCGUCAGAAAAAGGUGACUCUCCCUUCAGCAGCUGCUGUAACUGACGGCUCUCUGGAGCAGAGGAUUGAGAUGGUGACAACACAACAGAUCCUUGGUCACAACAUGGUAGCCGAGAGCUCAAAAGCUCAUGGCAAAUUCAGUAAGACAGAGAAGGUGGACGAGGUGAUCAAAGAAUGGGAGUGCUCCUUCUUCAAGGACAACCCGCACCUCCGCAAGAAAUCGGCCUCCCUCCGCUUCGACCUGCACCUGGCGGCGACCGACGAAGGCUGCCCGCCCUGCAAGCAAGGCGCCCUCCCCGACAUCGAACUGCGGCUGGUGAUGAGAAAGUCCAGCAGCAUCCCCUCCCUCAAGUCGUAACCCGAGCCCACCCGCAGCUGUGGCGCUCUCCGCCCCACCCGAGGCCGGGCCACCAUCCUCGGUGUCCAGCGGGCUCUUGCGCCUCUCUCGACAUUUAUCACAUUUCUCCAUAAACAAGGGUGCAUGCAAAUCAAACCAGAGGCAAGUUAAUUCGGAGACGGGGGCUGGUCGCGGCAGUGACCAGGGUGCAGGCGCCGCAAGCAGGACUCGGUGACACGGGUCGGUGUCGCUGUUAAGCGAGGGCAGAAUGAACGGCCCUGAAGUGGAAUGUCCCGCUGACAGUUCUUAUUGUGGUCGGGAUAUCGGCUGGGAACUGGAACCCGGCCGCAGGCGGCACCCUGGGCAGAGGGGAAGGGAAUGAAACAAGAAAAGAAAACUAAUAACCAGAUUCAAUGCAAAGCCUUAAAUAGCUUCAGAUCCAUAUAUUGCUUAAUUCCCCAUAACGGUGACCAAUACUGAAUGUAACCGACUAUCUUUCUCCUUAUCUGUGGAAUGUAAUCGCUUCGACGCACACGCGGACUGUUGCUCAGCGGGGCUGAGGGUCGGACCCUCCCUGGGGUGAUGCGGAGGGGCCGGUUACCUGCGCUUCACCUCGGCCGAAGGGGGUAAAUUUGUGUAACUGAUUCCCAGUGUUCUGGCCCCAGGAGCCGGGGCAAGGGCCGACGGGCCGCAACCACACUGCUGAACAGUUACAGCUGAGGGGGGGUGGGGGGACUGGAAGGAGAGGAGAGAGGACAAGGCGUGGGAAGGCAGGCCGCUCCUGGAGGUGACUGGCCGGGGGUUUGGGUAUGGGAGGAAUAAUGGGCCGGUGUUCAGUUGUAGACUGAAUAUUGACGGACUCUUGGAGUCUCGGCGCACAGACACCUUUGACGGGGAGUUGCGGGAGGAGUUUCUUGGGCAGGACUGAGGGACAGUCUAGGGGUAAGGGCUGAAUUGCUGUAAGAUAUCCUCGGCGAUGUUCACCCACAACCUAAGCGCCACAUUUUGUUAACCCGCUUUCUAUUCUGCUCGGCAGGGACAGAGUGGAUGGGGCAGAGAGUUGACCGUGAGGUCCGGUCGUGUGUGAGAGAGGGGUGAGACUGGUGGGAAGGAUCAGGUGAUGCUCUGGGGAUCCACAGGUUACCUGCAGAUGCUGGAGACACUCCCUCAUUUGGUUCCAGGCUCCACCUUCCCACCAUCCUGUCGGGUACCACCACCCGCAGCCCUCUGUCACCUCCACCUAUCACCUGCCAGCCUCUGUCGCCAGUUCCACCCCUCCCUGCCCCACAUGGCAAUCAACCCCCCCCCCCUCACCUCUGUACUGGCUACCUCCCCUCUUUCAAUCCAGGUGAAGGGUCUCGACCUGACAUGUCGACUGUGCAGUUCCCUCCUGACCCGCUGAGUUGUUCCAGCAGCUGUUUUUUUUUUGUAGAUGAUG